AUGUUGCCACUAUCUCAUCGACAAUUACUCGGUGAAGCCAUGUGCGAGAAGCUGGCUGGCGCUUGUCUGGCCGACCUAGGAGCAACCGACCUUUUGGAGCCUGAUAGCAAGAAAGCGAUCAUGCUGAUGUACUGCCAACAAGCUGGUGGUAAGCGAGUUGCAUUGCGUAUCCCUGACCACCCUGGAUGCUUUUGUGGUGGAGCAAACCGUCUCACACCAACCGGCGGCUGA